AUGUCCAACAAUCUUGUGUCGCAGCAUUUAUCAAUACCAUAUGGGCAAAUGGGUCAGAUUGAAGCUGUUUCUGACAACCUGGAUUCGUCAAUACUAAAUAUGCGAAGGAUGGAACUUGUUUCUGGUCAUCCUGCGUCACUUCAGGUUGCAGGAUCCGAACAACAAAUUGGGUUGGUGGAACCAAUGUCCAAUAAUCCUGGGUCGCAGAACAUAACAGUGUUGAGCAAGCAAAUGUGGCAACAGAUGAAACCCGAGGUGGUAAAUCUGGGGUCACAACAGUUCUUACCACCAAACCAGCAAGUUGGGGAGAUGGGAGUCAUGUUGAAUAAUUCUGGUUCACAAAAGCUGCUAGUACCAACUAAGCGAAAGGCUGAGAUGGAACCUAUGCUGAAUAUUCCCAUGCACCUGCAUCCAUCAAUGCCAAACAAACGUUCAACACAAAUGUUAAAUUCACCCCAUUCACCUGGGUUGGCGCAAAUACAUGUACCAAGCAAAAAAGCUGUGCCUAUGCAAUCCAUUUCCAGUACACCGGUGCAAAAUUUGCCUGCAACAAACAAGAGAAUGGUUCGAAAUGAAUCAAUUUCAAGUAAAUCUGGUUCUCAGCGGGUACAGACCCCAAAGAACCGAUCAGCACAAAUGGAACUAUCUCCCAAAGUCCAGACUGAGUCAUUUGAAGCAGUAAGGUCCAAGAUGAGGGAAUCAUUGGCUGCUGCAUUGGCCUUGGCUAGUCAGCACCAAGAAGAUAUAUCUCCAAAGGAAGGAAAAAAUGCUCAAGGUGAAGCAGCCUUAACCCCACGGCGGACACAGGAGACUUCUCAGCCUUCGGAAUUCACUUCCUAUCCUGCUGUUGCUGUUGACCAUGUAUCUGAAAACGCAAUGAAUACCUUGCGCGCCACAGAAUCUUGCGGGCCUGAUAGACCGAAUGAUGUCCCAAGCACAUCUGUGGAAGGUUCUACUACUGAAAUCUAUAGAUGCGAUGGGCGAGAGUUCCAGUACAAUUGUGUUUUGCCUGAUGCUUCAUUUAGUGACAAUUUCUUUGUCAAAGAUGAUCUUUUGCAGGGGAAUGGGCUUUCUUGGGCAUUUGAAUUUGAUACACAGGUGCCUAAAGCAGGGGAAGUUCCAACUGCUGAAAAACCUAUGUCAGUUGUUGAAGAUGUUGGUGGAGAUANGAAUGGGCUUUCUUGGGCAUUUGAAUUUGAUACACAGGUGCCUAAAGCAGGGGAAGUUCCAACUGCUGAAAAACCUAUGUCAGUUGAUGAGGAUGUUGGUGGAGAUGAGGCCAAGCAGUCCAUGCAAUCUCCUGAAAACUUGGCCUUCAAAAUUGAAAUGGAACUCUUCAAAUUAUUUGGAGGUGUGAAUAAGAAGUACAAAGAGAAGGGUAGGUCCCUGUUGUUCAAUCUAAAAGAUCGCAAUAAUCCAGAACUGAGAGAAAGAGUCAUGGCUGGUGAGAUUUCCCCAGAGCGAUUGUGUUCAAUGACAGCGGAAGAGCUUGCUUCGGAGGAGCUAUCUCAGUGGCGAAUGGCAAAAGCAGAAGAGCUUGCCCAAAUGAUAGUCUUGCCUGAUUCGGACAUUGAUGUCAGGCGGUUGGUGAAGAAAACACACAAGGGUGAUUAUCAAAUAGAAGUCGAACAAGAUGACAGCGUCUCGGUGGAGGUUUCCACACAGACUUCUUCACUCACUAAAAGGCCACCANGUGAUUAUCAAAUAGAAGUCGAACAAGAUGACAGCGUCUCGGUGGAGGUUUCCACACGGACUUCUUCACUCACUCAAAGGCCACCUAGGAAAAAGGUGACUGUGGCUCACUCCCCUUCUGAAACUGAUGAAACUAGAAACAAAGAGAACGUCAUAGCUGAGAAGAGUAGGUUAGAAAACGAGGAUUUUUCAUGCAGCCUUAUUAUUCCGAAUGAUGGGACGGAUUUAAUGCAAGGGAUGAUUGUGGAUGAAUUGAAGGAUGCGGAAUUUCUUCCACCAAUUGUCUCCUUAGAUGAAUUUAUGGAAUCCCUUAAUUCUGAACCUCCUUUUGAAAAUUUACCUGUUGAUGCUGGACGGACGACACCUCUGUUAGACAAGGAAAAAUCGAAAAUUGGCAACGAAUUGGGGGCUUCAGAUCUAGCUUCCAAAGGCCAUGUGGAUACUACUAAAGAAAAGGCUGAUAAAGUGGAUGUGAAACGCACUGAAUUAGCAGUGGAUUUGAAGCACACUGAAGUAGCUGUGGAUGUGAAAUCCAGUGAGGCUCCUGUCGAACAAAAAAGGUUACCUCCUGGUAGCACAUCAAUGGCUGAACAUGUCUGGGAAGGUGCAAUUCAGCUGAAUAUCUCGACCCUGGUCAAUGUCAUUGGCUUAUUUAGAAGUGGUGAGAAAACAUCGACGAAAGAGUGGCCUAGUUCUCUUGAGAUCAAAGGGAGAGUCAGACUUGAUGCGUUUGAGAAAUUUCUUCAAGAGCUUCCCAUGUCUCGAAGUCGUGCAGUCAUGGUUGUUCACUUCGUUUUGAAAGAAGGAUCUUCCGAGAAUGAGCACUCAACCCUUUGCGAGGUGGCGAAUUCAUAUGUUACCGACGAGAGGUUGGGUUUUGCCGAGGCGAUCCCGAGAACCGAGCUUUAUAUCUGCCCACCUCACACAAGAAUAGUUGAUAUGAUCAGCAAGCACCUGAACAAAGACCACACAGAGAUACUUAAAUCAACAGAUAAUGGCCUAAUUGGUGUAGUUGUAUGGAGAAAAGCUCAUUUAAGUGCCACACAUCACUCACCCAACUCAUCUUCUCACCAUAAACAUGGUUCGAAAAAACACCAGUUCACAUCUAGGGGAGAACAAGAAAAAGAUAUCCAUGUUAAUUCAAACUUAGCGUCAAAGGUUCCCAUUUCUUCUGGUCCACCUCGUACCAAUCCUGUACCUCCACCUGAUGAUGAUGAUGGCGAUGAUGAUGAUGAUGAUGAUGAUGAUAUUCCUCCUGGGUUUGGCCCGGCUGCAGCCCGGGAUGAGGAUGAUUUGCCCGAGUUCAACUUCUCGGGCAAUGUAAACCCAUCCGCCCCAAAAUUUCCUUCCCAAAACCAUUCUCGGGGGUCAAGAAUGACUCAUUUGAACCAUCAUGGUCAGGCUUCGUCCAGACCAGUAAACCAAAUAAGAGAUCUUAUACACAAGUAUGGGCAAACCGGUACCGGUGUUGCUCCUAGUAACUGGCAGGAUAAAAGAGGUGUUGGUCCAGGGAUUCAACCUUGGAACGAUAACGAUGAUGAGGACGAUGACAUACCAGAGUGGCAGCCACAAGCACCCCAGCUGCAGCCUGAGCCACAACGAUCCAUGCAUGGCAGCUUUCAGCAGUCAAUGCAGCCCUUUCCGACUAAUAUGUUGAAAGGGCCACAAAAUAUUGCACCCUCUUGGCAUCAGGGUGCUAGAUGGGUGCAGCCACCGGGUCCCCGUGGUGUGCAACCUAGUAGUAGUAGUAGUUUAGAGACUCAGCCUGGUGCAGGGCCGCACUACUAUGGCUUGCCUGCUCUUCAAGCUGGUCCUCCAGGAGAGAGGAGUAGGGGUUUUUGA